UCCCCUUCAAUCGUCAGCAGUUUCAACGGAGGUUAGGGUUGAUAAGUUCAUUUAGCUAUGGUGCUUCCCUUCGAUUGUUUGUUCACGUUCUGAGUUAAAUUCACAUUCCAUGUGAUGCAGUUUCAUUAGUUCUACGCCGUUGAAAGUGAUCAUCAUUCAAGCAAAGAUGCUAAAUGUUUUUAUUCCCUAGUUGUUUUUGCCUUUUUUCUGUGUAAAUUCAUCGUUCUCCAAACGUUGCCAGCUGCUUGGAUCCUUCCUCUAUUUUCUCCCUACAUUUGCACAACAAUUUGAACUUUUCUAACCCUCACUUUCUCACGAACGUCUUCAUUCGUCUUCUGCUCUUCACAGCGAAUAGUUGAACAUUUCACUUGGAUGACGUUCAGCAAGUCACUUGCUGAUUCUUCUCAAUCAGCAAUGAACCAAAUCUCAAAGAAAACAUCAUCUAGUGAACCAGUUAAGGCUUUGAUGUCCCAAAAUUGGUGUAGUACCGAGUAUGAAAUCGAUAAAGUCGAUUUCGAAUGGAACGUUCGAGUUGCUUGUUUUGAAUCCUUGAAUGAAUUUUUUGGAUCUCCGUCCACGUCUUUUUUCCCAUCUAAAAGAAAUCCUUGUUUGAAGUGGACAUUAACAUUUUCUGAAGAUAGUCCUGGCUUCAGAAUUCUGCUGGAGUCGUACACGCCGCACUCGGAUCUUGCUGUUUUGGACGAACCUGUUCGUGUCAAAGUGUCGCUCUUAAACAUCAAACGCGAGAUGCUGCUCCCGAAAGUGACUGUUUUACCGAAAGGUUCCAAAGUAUAUCAUGAAGUUCUUCAUCUGGACAAAAAAACUCUUAACGAAUGCCUCCAGAAAGAUGGAAGUUUCAGCAUCUAUUGCGAAAUUGAAAUGUGGAUGUCAAAAGAAAAUUGCUCGGGCGUAUUUUCUUGUCCAGGAGCUUCACGGGAUGUCGAAACCGUCGUACCUCAACUUGAUCUGCAAGUUCCACCUAAAAAGAAAAAGAUACGCCGCAGGAAGAAAAAGAACUCGAUCGAAGAACUCUUUAAAAAGAUGAAUUUAAGUGAUGUUACACUUGUUGUCGGAGGCCGCGAAUUCCAUGUCAACAAGACGGUCAUUGCUUCCAGAAGCCCAGUUUUAGCCGCUUUCUUUAAGACACCAGAUGAAUCGUCAACGCGUGUGGAAGUCAAAGACGUCGAUCCUGACGUGUUCCAGGAAGUCUUGCGUUUCAUCUACACGGGUAAAGUACCCUUGGACAAGAUGGCGAAGAUGGAACCCGAAAUCUACGUUGCUGCGCACAAGUUUCAGCUGGAUGCCUUGAAAUAUGAAUGCGUUAAUUACAAGGUUAAAUAAAGUCAUCUGGUAACUGAUUACUGGAAUGACUGGAGACUCCCGAUCAGCGCCUUCCAGCCCAAAUGAAGUGGCGUGCCGUCAAAUUUUCCCAGAAGGACAUUGAAGAGAUUCUGCUACACCUUUAAACGGAGAUAAGAGUUCAGAAUUCGAUGGAUGUUUGUUAGGGCUGGUGGAGAGUUUAAUUGACUUGACCAACAAGACCCCAGAUUUCCUGUAAAAACAAGUUAAUAGAGAAAUAAAAGGCAUCUAGAAAAAUGGAAAAUGUCAUCAUCAAAUUUUUUCCUUGUUGCAUCGAGUGCAAUUCAACUUUUCAACUAACAAAAUGAAUGCAAACAAACCACGAAAAAAAAAAGUUGUUU